CUCGGUCGCGUACAUCGAGGAAUCUAAUCGGAAGGUCGACUGCAACAGCGACAACUUGAAGCUCGUGCGCUCCAUGGAUACGAACAUUCAGGACCGCGUCGUCUACAUCAAGGACUGGUGUUUUUAUUCACCCGAGGGCAUGGACACCAAGUACGACAACGUGACGUACCCACAUAUCAACGAGGGCGACGACCAGGACAAAGAGUGCGACAACGGAGGCUCGGCCAUCGACAACUACAAUAAUGACAAGGACAACGACGACGCCACACACCUGGGUAAGCACCAACGGGCGGCCUAG